CUCAUGGACUGUAGCCUGCCAGGCUCCUCUGUUCAUGGAAUUUCAAGAGUCAGACAUGACUUAGCGACUAAACCACCACCACCAACACAUUUUACACAAAACCUCUGCUUUUGAAAUUACUGUUUUGGCAGAAUUUUCCUGAGCCCUGCCGAUUUUAUUUGCUCCAUCCCUUUAAGUUCCUGGAUCUUACCUUUAUAGUGUUUCUGUGCACACAAGUUCUCAGGACAAUACAGAUCUUGGCUUGAUCAUGACAGCCUGACAGUGUUGCCAGCCUAGAAUUUUUUAGUGAAAGUGCAGAAGCAUAUUGAAAUCUCCAGCUCAGCUCCCCACCACACUGGCAGAGCAUAGAAGACAAACAAAGGAGCCUUUCUGAUGAUUUAAAACUGUGUGUGUCUAAUCCAUUCAAGAAGAGCAUGGGCUGGCCUUAAGCCAUUUCUGCUGUCUGUAACCUUGAUUCACAUCUGCAGGCCCCUGUGCUGUCUCUGUGAUGUACUUAUGAGCCCUGGAGAGUCUACUUUAAAUGCACAUGUGGAAAUCAGAGUUACUGUACCUCUUCAGUUGCUGCAUAACCUUUGAGGAAUUAAUUUUGGCCAGUGUGAAACAGAGAGUUAGCCAUAUAGUACCAAGUAAGUGCUUCCAGAAAUUUCUGGAGUGGGAUGGACCCCAGGUAAAUGCUGGACAGAGAAAGUUCUUUUUUCUUUCUAGCACACUAAACAUGCAUUUGUUUGUUCAUUUGUUCAUUUAAAGGAGUUAAAUGUUUUCCAGUUAAGGUUUUCCUCUUUAUAGAAAAAGAAGCCAAAAUAAAGCCAUAUUUUUAAGUUAGAACACAAAGCAUAAACUAUGUAUUGGUUUGUAUUGGGCCAGCUAAGUAUGGAACACAGAGAUGAGAAGAACUAGAGAAAGGAAUGUAACUUUGCUGUUUAUAAAUUUGGGAGAUAGCUUAAGUACAUCAGUAAACAUCUUUUUUGUAACCUUUUAUAUCUACAAAGAAGGAAAUAUUUGAUUUAAGCUGUUGCCAUCAGAGCUAAAAUAUGACAGCAUAGGAAUUUUUGAACCAACCCUCAACGGGGUCCCCAGCCCCAAUCUUUUUUUUUUUUCUUUCUUUCUUCCUAUGGAAAAACCCAGUGUUUUGCAACAUAAUGAGGGGCACAAAUUGUUACAAAAUAAGAACUUUUCACCCAGUAGGAUCAUUACUGGUCCUUUCAACUUCCUACUGCUGCUGCUAAAUCACUUCAAUCGUGUCCGACUCCAUGUGACCCCAUAGACGGCAGCCCACCAGGCUCUGCCGUCCCUGGGAUUCUCCAGGCAAGAACACUGGAGUGGGUUGCCAUUUCCUUCUCCAGUGCAUGAAAGUGAAAAGUGAAAGAAGUCACUCAGUCGUGUCCGACUCUUAGCGACCCCAUGGGCUGCACCAAAGACUUCUUAAGUCAUAAAGCUUUGCCCAGCAGGAUACACAGUCAACUUUUGAGGUUUGCCCUGUGGACCAGAUGAAACGAAGCCCAGAAUCCUUGGCCGUCUCCCAGUUGGUGUGACUAUAAACAGCUGGCUGAGUUCGGCACUUUUUUGCUCCAUUGCUGCAAGCCCAGAUUUCUGAUGACCUUGAGGGUCGGACGUGAGGUAAAUACAUCCUGAGGCGGGUUGCUCGUUUCCCAUGUGAACUUAAAUGACCCUAUAAAUCUCUCCCAAGCUUGAGAGGAGCCAGCCAGGUUGCUAUUUGGAAGAAUUACAAUGUAAAGAGCUGUUUGAUAGACUGAGAUUCCCGUCCAGCAUUUUUGUUCAGGCCUCUGUUCUCACAUCUUGUGGGUUAAGUAAACCUUUGUUUAAGAAAAGUUGUGACCAUAGUCUUUGUACUUGUCAACAGAAGCCUGCUGCCUGUAGAGGAAACUGUCAGUUGUGACAUGUUCCCCAGGGACCAUGACCACAUCCCCUUUGGAUGAAGGGCAUCUCGUUGCCCCAGUGAGACAGUUUUAACUGAACGGACCAUCGGAGCAGCUGAGCCAGGGGAGGCCCUGUUCAAGGAAUGAAGACAUUCAAAUGUUGUUUUAAAUUUCACCUACAACAGAAAGUUUUCAUCCUGUUUCUAACCCUAUGGCUGUUCUCCUUGUUGAAGCUCCUAAAUGUUAAACGGUUCCUCUUCCCUGAACGGGGCAUUUACUUGGUUGAGUACUCUGUAAGUACCUCACCUUUUGUAAGGAACAGAUACACCCAUGUCAAGAAUGAAAUCGGAUAUGAGAUUAACUGUUCGGGUGUCUAUGAACAGGAGCCUUUGGAAAUUGGCAAGAGUCUGGAAAUAAGAAGAAGAACUAUCAUUGACUUGGAUGAUGAUGAUGUUGUGGCAAUUACCAGCGAUUGUGAGAUUUAUCAGGCCCUACGAAGCUACGAUGAAAAGCUUGUUUCAGAGGAGGAGAAAAGCUUCCCAAUAGCCUAUUCUUUGGUGGUUCACAAAGAUGCAAUUAUGGUUGAAAGGCUAAUCCUUGCUAUAUACAACCAGCACAAUAUUUAUUGCAUCCAUUAUGACCAAAAAUCAUCAGAUACCUUCAAAGUUGCCAUGAACAAUUUAGCUAAGUGCUUCUCCAAUAUUUUCAUUGCUUCCAAAUUAGAGACUGUGCAGUACGCACACAUUUCCAGACUCCAGGCUGAUUUAAAUUGCUUGUCAGACCUUCUCAAGUCUUCAGUUCAGUGGAAAUAUGUUAUCAACCUGUGUGGGCAGGAUUUUCCUUUGAAGUCAAACUUCGAAUUAGUGUCAGAGUUGAAGAAACUCAAUGGGUCAAACAUGUUAGAGACAGUGAAACCCCCUAGCACUAAGGUGGAAAGAUUCACUUAUCACCAUGAGCUCAGACAGGCACCUUAUGAAUAUGUGAAACUACCGAUGAGGACAAACAUUUCCAAGGAAGCCCCCCCUCAUAACAUCGAGAUAUUUGUUGGCAGUGCUUAUUUUGUGUUAAGUCGAGCAUUCAUUAAGUAUAUUUUCAACAACUCCUUUGUUGAAGACUUUUUUGCCUGGUCUAAAGAUACAUACUCACCUGAUGAGCACUUUUGGGCUACCUUAAUUCGGGUACCAGGAAUCCCCGGGGAGAUUUCUAGGACAGCCCAGGAUGUGUCUGACCUACAGAGUAAGACCCGCCUGGUCAAAUGGAAUUAUCUAGAAGGUCUUUUCUAUCCCAGUUGUACUGGUUCUCACCUCCGAAGUGUGUGUAUCUAUGGAACAGCAGAACUAAGGUGGCUUAUGAAAUAUGGACAUUGGUUUGCUAAUAAAUUUGAUUCUAAGGUGGACCCUGUCUUGAUUAAAUGCUUGGCAGAAAAGCUUGAAGAACAGCAAAGAAAGUGGAUCACACUGUCUUCAGAAAAGUUAUUUAAAGCCAAACCUUCCAUAAGCACCUCAUGAUAAAAUUGUAGUGGAAAUAAGGUUAAGAUGGAAUUGCAUGCUAUACCGUGGCCAGUACCAUUUGAAAGGUGUCUACAAUUCCAUGAACAAGGGAAAGUGACCUGGCGUUUGAUGACAAUUAGUCUGCAAUUGGUUGGGAGUUUUUAUGUUUGUUUUCACUUGUAAUCUCACUAAGCUAAGUGGGAGAUUUUAAACAGUCAGUAAUCUGAUAUGUGCUGAGUUUCUGCUGUAUACCAGGCACUUUUUAAAAAACAUAGAGGGAUUAAAUCCAAGUGUCACGAGUCACAGUGACCCCAUCACACAGCGAUCUUCGUAUCUUAGGUUCUCCAUGUGAUAAUCAGGUUCCAGCUCCUUAGACACCCCUCAACCGUUAGAAUGUUAGAAAGACUGUACUACCUCAGAAGAACUCAAAGAAUUGUUCCGUUUCCUACUUGCCAAAGUGUAACUUACCUUAUGGUACCUUGUUCACUGAGUGCAGGGCCCGAGACUUUGAUGGCCGGACAUUUCUAGUGUGUGUGUCGGGAAGGUGGUGGGGGUGCCUGGGGAGGGGCGGGUGCUGCUGAGGGGGAAUGAAAGGAUCUGCAUGACUUUUCCAUCACAUUUCGCAAUGGUGUCGUGAAUGGCCUCCUAUUUUAAUUCAGCUGUUUCUUUAAAACAUUUACUGAUUAAAAUUUAAAACUGAUUAACAGUUCAGUGUCACUCUCCAGAACCUUGAACCUAACUCUUUCAGUACAUAGAUUAUCAGUAUGUGUAAGUUGUUUUUUUUUUAACAGUGCAAUAGGUAUAAUUUUGUUUUGUGAAACUGUCAAGCUAAGAAUCACUGAAUUUUUUUCAAAAGGUUGUAUGAAAUAAGACAGCUUUCUAAAUUAACUAUUAGUCAUUUAAAACGUGUUCUUCUCCAACAACAAUCAAGUAGAGUUCAAACGUAAAAUUAUCAAAGCUCUAAGUUUAUUGCAGUGUUCUCAGCUUUGAUCCAAGAGAGAAAAAGCUAAUUUUCCUAAGGACAUAGCAAGAAAAUUCACUAAUAAUAUUUUAAGAAAAGUACACCUUAGAAAAUUACCAAAAUGAGUCAAAAUAUACAUGUAUUUUCCUGUAAUUACUGUGCUGGAGGUGAAAUGAGACAGGAGUGGGGGUCCUCAGAACAGGUUAUAAUAUUUUUAUGUCUACUGGGAAAUCAUGAAACUCAUGUAAGAAUUUCUUGGUGAUCUUAUCUUUCAAUGUCAGCCUUAGUAACUACAUAAAGAUAUGGUAAUCCAGGCUAGUAUGAGACAGUUGGGAAGACUGAAGUAUUUAAAUGUGUUUUUAAAUGUCUAUGUUCUACAUGUGAGAUGCCUUUUGCUUGUUUUAAAGUUUAUGUACUGUCUGCCAAGUGGCACAACUUCUGUCUCCCUUUCUUUUUCUCAUGAACUCAUUUAUAUUCUCUUUUUUCCCCUGCCUCCUUCAAAUUACCCGUUUGUCCAUGUGUGUGACUGUGACAAGCUUAUCUCUUUGAUCUCCAGGAGCCUCAGUUUUCUUCGUCUAUAAAGGGAACACGUGGAUGUGUCCUGGUUGCCUCACAGAUUUGUGUGUGAGGGUAUCAAAUGCAAUUGUGUAUGAAGUGGCUUGAAGAUGGGGACAAAUUAUUGAAAUAUCAGCAAGCAGUCUUACUGUGAGAGAUCCCAACCCCAUUGUGAUCAUCUUUUCUGAAAAACCUUCCAAAUAUACAAAGAAGGCACAGUCUUCAAGGCAACUUCUGUAACAGUCCAGUUAUGAAGAAACCCCUGUCCUGACAUCUGGGGUCCUUUUUAAGCCAGUAGGAUUAGGAAAUUGGCACAGUGGCUUAAAUCAGGAGUAGGGGUAGAAAUAGUUUUCCUACCAUCCAGGCUUAAAAACACAAAGCCCUGCUGAAAUAUUUUUUUUUUGCCUUUGGUCAUCAGAAUAAUGUAAAUGAUGAGAAAUAAAUACUGACCUCCUGGUCCAAUGUCUUGUCUCCUGGUGAGAAAUGAUCCUGUCCUUUGUUUAGUGGGAAGUUUUUCAGAUGUUAGUCACUUUAAUGCCAUAUUCAAGCGAAACAUGGCGCCGUGAAAAGGUGACUGUGCCUUGUCCCCUUGGACACACUUCUCAGGAUUCCGUUCCUGACAGUUUGCCUGUCGUUUACGGGAGCUUGUCAGAUCAUUUUCUCUUGCCUUGGGAAUCCAACAGAUUCCUGCAUGCCUUCAAACCUCCUUCAGACCUGAUUCUCCCCUGAAAUUUUUUAGUAUGGUUCUCUCUCGUCUGGAGAAUGUUUGGCAAUCUGUGUUUUAUAAUAAUUCUUUGCAUAGUAUUUAUUGACACUAGAUUCUAUGUUAUUUGAUGAUGAGACCAUUACCUUGGAGUUUGUAAAUUAUAUCAGAUAAUAUUAAUAGUGAAAGAGCCACACAAAUAUGUCUAUAUUAUAUGAAUAAUCUACUGUAAUUUAAAGACCAGUGUUGCUGCUAUUCUUAAUGUUUAGGUUAUUUUAAUUGAAAUAUAUGUAAUGUUUAAAUUUAGGGAAUUAAAUUUGAAGAUUUCUCUUGCCUCCCAGAAUGUGAAUAUUAUGCAUAAGUAUAUAUAUUUUUGACAUGUUGUGGAGAAAACAAAAUGACAAUCUUUUCAUGAGAAUGUAAAGUGAAUGAUGAUGGAAUGAGUUUUGAUUUUUGUUAACAUUUUUAUCAACGUGUCUCUAAAUCUCCAACUUUUUUUCCCAUAUUUCUUGAAAGACAUGUUCCCAUUAUAUGAGUUUUAAAUAGAUUGGUGUUUCAUUUUUGUAUUACGCUGUUACUAGAUGUUAAUUCUCUAGUACUGUUAAAUAAAAUGUGCCUCCAAAACCAA